UAAAAAAGAAUAAUCUGACGUGUACACAAUAAUACGAAAAUGAUAAAAAGUCAUUGAUAAGAAACUAAAGAGUUUAAAAUAUUUACUAUGAGAUAAUAUUUGGAUAUGAUAGUGCGAUAUUAUGUUUAUCAAAUUCAAUUUCUGUACGUUUCGAAGACAUUUAAAAUUUACUAUAAUUAUUUUUUUUAUAGUGUAUAUGGAUAUCAUCUUUUUUUGUUCAAAUUAAUAAUUAAAAUAUUUAUAAGUUGCUGUAAUGAUUUACAAGUAUUUUUUUAAUCACAUCAAUGAACACUUGAGUUUUAACUCUGCUAUUUUAAUGACAGCUUCUGUUCUUAUUGUUGGGUAUGUUUGGAUAUAUUUACGAACAUCUCGUAAGUGUAAAAUGAUAGAUUUGGUCAAUAAACCGCACAGAAUAUUAAUUAUUACAGCUCAUCCUGAUGACGAAUGCAUGUUUUUUGGGCCUACAAUUAAAGAAUUAACCAAAAAUAGUAAUGUACAAGUGUAUCUAAUGUGUUUAUCUGAUGGUAAUUAUGAAGGUAAAGGUACAAUCCGUAUAUCAGAAUUGUAUAAAAGUUGUAAAAUACUUGGUAUGAAAGAAGAAAACAUUUUGGUUUGCAAAAAUGGUAAUUUUUUGGAUAAUCCAAAUGUAUAUUGGGAAACCACAAUUUUAGCUGAUAAAAUUUCUGAGCAUGCAGAAAAGUUGGGUGUUGAUAUUCUGUUAACUUUUGAUAACUAUGGCGUUAGUGGUCAUCGAAAUCAUAUUUCUAUUUAUAUGGCAUUUGUUUAUUUAAUGUACAAUAAAACUCUUCCAAAUGAAUGCUGCUUUUACACACUUGAUUCAGUAAACAUAGUUCGCAAGUAUAUAAAAUGUCUUGAUAAUUUAUUUAAUGAUCAAACUGAUUUAAAAUAUAUGCUUUUGCCAACAGAACAAGAUUCUAUAAAUAAAGCAAUGCAAGCUCAUUCAUCUCAAUAUGUAUGGUUCAGAAAAUUAUUUAUGAGAUUUUCAAGAUACAAAAUUGUUAAUACAUAUACUGAAAUUUCAAAAAACAAUUUAUAGAAUCAAAUUCUAUUAAUAAAUUUUUGUUGAUAUUAUGACUGUGAUAAUUGAUUUAUUUUAUAAGUUACUAUUAAAUUGUACUUACCUUUGUAAUAACAAUUACAAAUGUAUCCUGUGUCAUUACUGUUUUAAUUUAUUUUUAUUAGUAUACAAGUCUCAA